GAUCGUGUGUCAACGGAUCACCAGUCACCAGGCGGAGGUGUGCCGAUCAGUCUACAUCUCUGCCUCGCCGCUGUCAAGCCACGCUCGGCCUCCAACAUCCUCCUGCCCUUCACCACAUCUGCUGUUACAUCAAAGAGGAACAAAAAAGCCUUGGCCAAAUUUGUACACAUGAUGGAAGCGUCGGUGUUGACACGAAGCGAUGGCAACGCUUCAAGAACUGACGGCAUCAUACCUGACAGUCAUGAAAAUCAACCUACUUUGACCAUGAAGAAUUCUGCACCACGCGCACCAGUGGUUGGACCAGGUAUCCAAUUAGCCAAUGAAUCGCCGCUACCAGAUAGUGAUGACGAGAUUGUCAGCAAACAUUCUAAAAUGCAUCUAGUAUGCUCACCAUUCAGAUUUGGAAACAUGGUUAAAGGCUUAUCAGAUAAACACAAAAAAGCUAUUGAACAUUGUGGCCUUGGAGGGCUCCUACAUUUGAACCCAGUGACCCUUCGUCGUAUGAUAUUGAUUAAGCUUGCUAAGCGUCUUGACUACAAGAAUCAGCGAUUCCAUAUAUGUGGUCAGAAUAUACCUAUGACAUCACAGGAUGUACUCAAAAUAAUGGACCUCCCCAUACAAGGAUUGGAUGUAUUUAGUUGGACAAAAACAAAACCAAACAUAAACUUGAUCAUUGCUUAUGGAAGUGGGAACAGAAUAUGGACUACUGACCUAUUGCAAAUUCUUACUGAAUCCAAAGAUAAAGAACCAGACGAUGACUUCAUUAGGGUAUUUGUUUUGUUCGCAAUUGGAGUUCUCCUAGCACCGACAACAAAGGAUUAUGUAGACUCCAAAUAUUUGUCGGUGGUUGAGGACGCGAGCAACAUUGCAAAGUUUAAUUGGGGUCAAUUCACUUUGACUCAUCUGCUGAGCUCAAUUCAUAAUUUCAACCAUGGCGAACAAGUUAAUUUACAGGGGAAUUUAACACUGCUGCAAUUCUGGUACUGGGAGCAUGUGCAUCCAUAUAGCCACCACGGUUUUACCUAUGCCCCAAUCCCACCACCACUGAUGGCAAGAUAGGAUGAAAGCACAGCUAAAGUAAGAACGGAAGCUGGUAGAAAAAACAAAAUAGACGAUGGAAUUGUAAGUUUGAGUACACAAAAUUAUAUAUGUUCUAUUCUCUCCUUCAAUCCUAACUUUGGCCACCUUUUCAAGGUUGUUAUGAACAUAGCUCAAAUCAUAGGACACACUAAAUUUGAUGAAACCAUGCCUAUCAGUUCAGCAAAUGAACGUAUACAUGCACAUGAAGGUGUCAGCUAUCAGCCACGUUCACUAGAACAGAGUAUCAAUAAGCAACAGAUGGAGCAAAUAGUACAACGUAUGAACAACAAUCAUCUAGUAUUUCAGAAUGAUAUGGGUAGACAAUUCAUGUCCCUAGAGCAUAAACUUGAUGCCAAACUUCUUGCACACGGCGAGGCGAUAGCAGAAAUAAAAAUGGGGGGUGUUGUAGGAAUGAGAAUAUCUAAGCUAGAGGAUGAUUUUGCUGAAUUAAAACAGGAAUUUCAGGAAUUGAGGCAACUACUGCAGGCAAAUCUACAGUCUAUGUCGAAGGCUGCAUACAUCCAGGAACCAUCGAGUCUACAUCCACAAAAUUGUACAGUAUUCUUUCAACAAUAUCAAUUCAAAGAGGAGGGCAAAGAACCUGAGGAAGCAUCUACUAGACAGGAUAAGAUUAUGGCAGAUAAUAAGGUGCCUUUAGACCUUCCCACAAAUCAAAUUGCACCACACAAGCCUGCUUUCCAGGAUAAGAUUAUGGCAGAAAAUAAGGAGCCUCGACAUGCUCCCACUCAUCAAAUUGGACCACGGAAGCCUGCAUUCGACAAGGAUUACCUCAUCACUACAGAGGACACAGAGGCUUUCUAUUUCUUAACAUAUAGUUACUCAAAGGCUGAAGUUGUUCAAAUAGAUGACUAUGUCCUCACAAUUGAACACUUACAGAAAAAUGUCACAGAUGGCUUCAUAUAUGAUCAGGUUAUCAAUGCUUACGCACAUAUAAGCAGUGUGGAGACCGAUUCCACAUCAUUCAUAACAACUUUGCAGGCUCGAAAGUUGUUAGGUGAAACUGGAGGCAUAGACAAUGCAAAACAAACAACAACAUGGGCUAACCUAAUUGCAAACAAAUGUAUUGGAAAGAAUUUGAUAUUUGUCCCAAUGAAUGUAAAUGACAACCACUGGGUCCUAUUAGUACUGAAUUUCUUAAAAGGAGAGAUUCAAAUCCUUAACUCCCUAGCCUCCAACCCCCAUACUAGAGAUGUGGUCAAAGAACAUACACUGGUGGGCAACAUACAAGAGUGCAUUGACUUUGCUAUUGCCGUUGGUAAUGUUUCAGUAACCCAAGCUAUCAAUAUUAUGCAGUGGGAAACAGAAAUGUAUUCUAACAUACCACAACAAACAGAUGGCCAUUCUUGUGGUGCAUUCGUCCUUAAGUACAUGAUGGCAUGGGAUGGGGACAAGAUGACAGAACAUUUCACACAGACCCACAUACAUAUUUUCAAAAGGAAAAUUAGCUCCGCACUCCUGCGAUCUGAUUGCAACAAGCUUCGAUUAGGCUCAUAUAAGGACCUUAUUACGAAAGAGGCUUACGAUGCAAAAUGUGCUGAAGUUCAGCAAGAAGACAUGAGUAAGGCGGCUGAUGACGAUGUCAAAGAGAUUAACAAUCCUAUACAUGCCAGCAACUCCCAUUCCUCAGAUAAAAGGGGACGGGGUCGCCCAAAGAAGAAUGAGGCUGCUGACGACGAUGUCAAAGAGAUCAGCAAUCCUAUAGAUGCCAGCAACUCCAAUACCUCAAAUAAAAGAAAACGGGGACGCCCAAAGAAGAACGACAAAACUCCAAUGUCUGUGAAAGACCAGUUAACCACCGCGUCUAUUGCUAAUCGUGUCGAACGCCCAAAUCGCAGGGUCUCUAAUCCAGGACCGUUGCAGUUGAGCCCCUACAAGAAAUUUUAAGUUACAUUAUCGACUCUAUAUGUAAUAAUGUUACUAUUUCCAUUAUUUGUGUUCAGCCUGUAAUUUCUAUAUACUAAGAGAUAAUUGGCCUAUGUUCAAUGUCCA